AUGGCUCAGAGAACGGAGAAGGAAGAGACGGAGUUCAAGGUCCCCGAAACUCUAACGCACUGCGUUAACAACUGCGGCGUCACAGGCAAUCCCUCCACCAACAACAUGUGCCAGAAGUGCUUCAACGCCUCCUCAGCCACCACCACAGCAACCUCAUCUUCGGCUGUGACUUUGAAGUUUUCCGGCGAGAAAAGUCCGAGAUCUAGCUCCUUUAGCUUCGAGGCUCCGGCCGAGAUCACCCGCAGAACGACGGCGUCCGAGAUCGCGAGAUCGGACGAAUCGGCGAAUCGGCGAGUGGUAAACCGUUGCUCCGGAUGCCGGAGAAAGGUCGGGUUGACCGGAUUCCGGUGCCGGUGCGGCGAACUCUUCUGCUCCGAGCACCGGUACUCCGACCGCCACGUGUGCAGCUACGACUACAAGGCCGCGGGUCGCGAGGCCAUCGCGAGAGAAAACCCCGUGGUCAAGGCCGCGAAGAUCGUCCGGUUGAAUGUUAAUUCGAAGAAGAGACAGGGUGUUUUAUGUCAUUUCGAAACUUUGCAACUGGAAAAUCCAGUUGGGAGGAGGGUUGAAAGCUAUGGGGCCCACCGUAUGGGCAACUUAGGGGGCGCAUUCAAUUAUUUAUUUCUCGCGAUGGAACGAGAUGAUAACUUGAUACGAGUGGGUAUAUUGCCUAGGCGAGUUGAAGAGGGCGUAUGGGAGGGUGACACGUGUGCAUGGCAUAAACCAUUAAAGCUGUAA